AUGGCUAUCUCCAAGAACUUACCAUUGUUGAAGAACCACUUCAGAAAGCACUGGCAAGAGCGUGUCAAGGUCCACUUUAACCAGGCUGGCCAGAAGUACUCUAGAAGACAAUCUAGAUUGGCCAAGGCUGCUAAGGUUGCCCCAAAGCCAGUGGACUCUUUGAGACCAAUUGUUAGAUGCCCAACCGUCAAGUACAACAGAAAGGUUAGAGCCGGUAGAGGUUUCACCUUGGCUGAGGUUAAGGCUGCUGGCUUGUCUGCUAAGUACGCUAGAACUAUUGGCAUUGCUGUUGACCACAGAAGACAGAACAAGUCCCAGGAGACCUUCGACGCCAACGUUGCUAGAUUGAACGAGUACCAGUCUAAGUUGGUCAUCUUCUCCAAGAAGUCUGCUGCUGAGGGUGUUCAGGUUUCUGCUGCUGCCACUUUCCCAGUUGAGCAGUCUGCUCCAGAGUCUGCCCCAAGAGCUGUUGUUGUCCCAGAGAAGACUGCUUACAGAACCUUGAGAGAGGCCAGAGACGAGAAGAGAUACAAGGGCAUCAGAGAGAAGAGAGCCAAGGAGAAGGCCGAGGCCGAGGCUGACAAGAAGAAGAAGUAA